ACUUGCAGUACUCCUGACAGGACGGUCUCCCGCACCUCCUCCUCCGCUUCUUCUUCACUCUGUGUGGUGGUGCAGUAGUGUGUAAAUAGUGGCGCUUCUGAGGAGGUGCACCUACACUCGCAUCUGACUCCAGUCCAGAGGUCCCGGAGACACGCGCGAUGGUGCGGGCUCAUUGAUAAAAUCCGUGCUGCUGGAAUUAAAAUGAGCACUCCUGCUGAGCGGCUCUCCGCCUCCACAUAGCGCUGCUUUCUCUGCACAACAUCUCUUUAUGUGACUCCGGCAGACGAAUCAGGAUGACUUCUACCUUAUCGCUGGUCAUUUCGUGCGCUUUGGUGGCAGCAGUGCUGGCGUCCAAGACGGAGCGGGCUGUGCUUCUCCCCUGCGCUUCUGGCAGGUACACCAGGAAUGGAGAAUGCUGCAAUGAGUGUCCACCUGGAGAGGGAGUGGUGAAGAAAUGUGGCCUCACUCAGACCGUCUGCGCUCAGUGUUUGGACAGUGAGACCUUCUCAGAGAACUACAGCCAUACAGAGCAGUGCAAGCCAUGCACUCAGUGUACCGGCUUGAUGCGGAUGGAGACGCCAUGCACUGACUCCAACGAUGCCAAAUGCAUCUGUGGCUAUAACUACUUCUUGAGUUCUGUAACUGGCAGUUGUGAGCCGUGUACGGUGUGCCCUGUCGGACAGGGCGUGUACUCCCAUUGUGAUCACAAUCAUGACACGGUGUGUGAGGAAUGUGUCGAUGACACCUUCUCUGACCAGGAAAGCUCCCUCGAACCCUGCCUGCCCUGCACCAUCUGUGAGGAGGAAACUGAAACACAGCAGGCUGCUUGCACGGCGAUCAGUGAUACUGUCUGCUACAAUCCUAACAUUCCUACCUAUGACACUCCUACCUCCGACAUGGAUCUGUCUUCAUCCUCCUUCCCCAGUAUCGUCCUUCCUGAUGCCUCUUACAGCCCACUGCCAGGAGGAGAAACAACUACGUCCAGCGCUGGUUCUCCUCGAUUCCUCGGUCAUGGCCUCAAUGAAAACCUCAUCCCUAUCUACUGCUCUAUCCUGGCCGCUGUGGUGGUGGGCCUAGUGGCUUAUAUCGUCUUUAAGAGGUGGAAUAGCUGCAAACAGAACAAGCAGGCAGCUAAUAACCGAGCAGCUACAAACAACCAGAUGGUGACACCGGAGGGGGAGAAGUUGCACAGUGACAGUGGGAUCUCGGUGGACAGUCAGAGUCUGCAGGAGCAGCAGCAGCAACAGCAGCAGCAGCAGGCCCAGGCUGAAGUCCAGGCUCAGCCUUCACACUCUCACACACAGGAACAGAUAGUGGUUAGGGUGGAUGGGGGUCCCCAGCCUGACUCGCCUCCCCCUAAAGUCUGAGAAAGUGGAGGCCUAAGACAAGAAGAAGACAGUGGGGACUUAAACAGUGGACCAAAAGGAAAGCAGGCAGCCACAGGAUGUAAACACAGACUCUGAUUUAUAUCUGAAGCUGCCACAGAGUGACAACUUGACUGAUACGGACCUCCCAGCACUUUUGGGCCACACUUUGACUCUUCAUCCCUGCAUAUAGAGUCUGUCAUUCAGUGUGCCUGGACAUAAUCUCUUUGGCAAUAUCAACCAAAAUCUGCACCUGUGUUUCACAGAUAGGUAGAUAUAUGCCAAUGCAUCUUGUAUUACCUGACUAUUCCAGUAUGACUUAUGACAUAAUUCUCACUAGCUGCCGGUUUAGAACCUUCUAUUCCUCUCUGAGCUUUUCAUUUUCUUUUAAAUUUAAUGAUCACUUGCAAUGAAACAUCUAUGCCUGAUAGGUAAAUAGGCAGAAAGACACUUCAUUAUUGCCCCCCCCCUCCGUGCAUCAAAGAGAGAAAGGGAGCUGGUUCCGCUCACAUCUUCCUCUGUGGUGUCCCACUCUUGGAUAAUCCUCUGCCUCUCUCCACAAGAUUCACUCUAUUAGACCCCCACUGUCAUCAGCGAUACAAAAAGCAACAGGGGAGUUGUGAGUCACUCCCAACUUCUUCUGAAAUUUCUUUCUCUUGUAUCAUUUAACCAUAGAUGUGUUUCAUGUCAUGUUGUUUUAUAAAAUGUCUGCGUCAUUGUUUGCGAUUAGGUACAGCGACUGAUGCAAGUGACUCAUAUUUGGAGAAAGAGGUGAACUUUUUUUUUUUUUUACCUCAGUGAGAUGCUUCUUUCUGAGACUCUGUCACUAAUCUAACCCCCUUCACAGCACCUGGAAGGAUUGUGUUUCAGUAAUUUCAUGCUUAUAAUUUAACAUGCGCAAAUGUUUAUCUUCUGUUUAUGGUGCGGUACUUUAAUUUUGUGGCUUGAGCUACAUGGCUGAUUCAGCAGUGGUCCUCCACAGUCCUCCAUGGAGCCUGGAUAUGAAAAAUGAGGGGGAACAUAUCUGCAGUGUGGAGGUCUGCUGACUCACUGCAAUGAGUUAACUUGUCUGAUGGGAAGGGGAAACCAUCUAAUGAGCAAAAAAAAAAAAAACAACAAAAAAACUACGUCAUCAGUGCUCAUUAAACUGGUGCUUAAAUGAAUCUGGGACACAAAAUCAGCAACAAGGAAUCCCAUCUAUAACAAUUUACGCUUACUGAGUGGAAAAUUGGGACAACCCUCAGAGGCACACUUUCAUUUCACAAUCCUCGCAAGCAACUCCAUCUCCACAUACUCACUAUUGCAGUCUCUCAUGCAGCUUUGUCUCAGCCUGAUAAACAGUGUGGAGGUGCUAAUGCUCACAUCAACACAGGACCCAUUAGAGAGACAUCCUGACAGGCAGGUAGUAAUUACCUCAGGGUUUCAGCUUCAUUUACCCUCUGCUCCACUCUCAUUGGGAUUAAUGCUGUGGACAACAGAGAGGCCCUCACUGAAGCCUCGAUGUGACAUUACAAAUCCUUUAUCCCACUCUGAGGCUGCUGACAUUUAUUACAUUGCCCUGGUGAUAUAAAAGCACUUAGUCCAGGCUCACAUCUAAGACGUGGCAACACCUUUUAUCAAGGAGGACCACUUUUAUGCUGCCCCCUUCCUGCUGCCUAAAAUAACUGUAAAAGCAAUCGACAUAGAUACCCUGAAAAAGACUGUAGCUGAGCUCAACUGCACUGCUUGAGCAUUCAUUCCUUCAGGGGCACAUACCUUCUCAGGGUCCCCCUCUGUGUGGAUAAAUUUAUGAAUAGCUCUGUGGAAAAUUUGUGUAAAACAUCUGUAGUUGUGUAAUAGAGCUGCUAAGUAGACAAAUACAGAUAUAAAGCAGCAUAGGACAACAUGGGUUGAUAUAGAUACAAAAUUCCUACAGGAUUUAAAAACAGAAUAAUUUAAAGGAAUAGCUGGGUAUUUUCUGAAAAUACUUAUGUACUUUUUUUUUUUUUUUUACUAAUGUGUUGAUGAGAAGAUUGAUACAGUCCUCAAAUCUGUACAUUAAAUAUAAUGCUCUCUGAAGCUGGUUAGCUUAGCUCUGAAUAAAUACAGUAAAAAGGGGGAUAGGUUUUGCCUGACUCUGCCUCAUGGUCAGAAAUCCACCUACCCGCACCUUAAAGUUCCCUAAUAAACACAACACUUCUCUUUAGUUUCAUGCAAAACCUCACAUGUAAAAGACACCUGUUGUUUUAGAAUGGGGAUUAUUUGUUACACCGUUAUCUAUCGACAAGCUGAUGUGUUUUCUUGUUAGCAGAGCUUGUAGAAUUUAAUGAACACUAGAUAGGAAAUGUCACAUAGAGAGAAGAAGACAGAGAAAGUGAGUCAUUAUACCCCGCAUGCAUCAAUCACACGGUCACCAACAGCUCAAGACAAUUAAACUUUCUCUUCACUUGUGAUUCAUGAAUCACUGCAGCAUAAUGAAUGGAAGCAAAUAAAAUGCUGCUGUCCUUUUCUCACACCUCCUCAAGCUGCUGCGGUGCGGACAUGUGACCACACACACACACACACACACACACACACACACACACACACACACACACACACACACACACACACACACACACACACACACACACACACACAGUGUAUGAUUCUCUCCUCUAUUGUAAGAGCUGGUAUGAGUCAUCCUGAUCCCAGCUCUGGCAGUGACAUUAAAGCAGAAUCUGCUACAGUAUGAGUGACCAGGGUGUUGAUUUAAAAGGAAAAAAAAAAAACAGUCCUCGACUGCACCCCUGCACCCCCACCCCGAGGCCCAAUCAGCCCUCCAGCAGUGAGCUCAUAUACCCUGAACUGACUUAUUCUGUUUCUCCAACAGCUUGUAAAGUGAGACACACUGCAAGAAUGUACAACCUGAAUAUAAACAGAAAAAUAUGCAAGACAAAUUCAAGGAUAAGGUUUGAGUAGCCCUAAGUUUUUGUUGUAAAUUGUUUUGGUUUUUCUGUGUCUUUGUUUGUAUGAAUAAUAUUACACUUUUGGAAUCAGUACUUUUUCUAACUGAUGUUAUUUUGUAGCACUUAUUAGACAUAAUAUGAAUGCACUCAAAGAGUGUACCACAGUUCAAGUGCCUGUGUACAGUGUCCAGUGUCUUUGAGUUCAGAUGUUUGACUAGUUUUUAUUUUGCAGUUUUCCACUUAUUUUUAUUUUAUUUUAUUUUAUUCUUUUCGUUGCAUUUUAAAAAAUAUUUUCAGAGCUAAUGAAAGUUUUUAGUAAAUCGAAGUCAGCACUAUAGAUGAACCUUGGAGACGCAAGCAAACUGUAUAAACGUGGCACCAAUAUAAAGAGACUUACAGUACAAAUAGGUUGCCGGUGAACACAUACUGUAUGUUAACAUGCUAUAAAUACUGGCAACUAACAGGAUCAUGUAGCAUUGUAUAAAUAUGCCACCCAGGACUUCUACUCUAAAACUCACAUAUGCUAUUUGCCAAUAGAAAUCAGCUCUACAGUACAGAGUUUUUGCAUGUACACUAAGUUUAUCACAUACCUCCAUCUCAGAGGCAGCAAGACAUGUAAUCUACAGUAACAUGAAGUCUAUGGGGAGGUUCACUGUGAUUCUCUAUGAUAUUAUUACUUGAUACAGACAGAUCAGGACCCGGUCCCAGAAAAGCUGAAUGUCAUCUGCAGUAACCUACUAAUGUAAAAUGCAUUGUGUAAAUGUGAAUUUCUUAGAGUUGAUACAAGAUACAAAAAUACACUAUAAAAUGUAUAAAAACAAAAAUGUGUGCAAGUGUAAUGAAC